GCUGCCAUCACAGGCAGCAGAUCUUUGUUCUCUAACCACUUGAUAAUGUCAGGACGCGGCAAAGGAGGUAAGGGCCUGGGAAAAGGGGGUGCCAAGCGCCACCGCAAGGUGCUGCGCGACAACAUCCAGGGCAUCACCAAGCCAGCCAUCCGGCGCCUUGCUCGCCGCGGCGGCGUGAAGCGCAUCUCCGGCCUCAUCUAUGAGGAGACCCGCGGGGUGCUGAAGGUGUUCCUGGAGAACGUGAUCCGGGACGCCGUGACCUACACGGAGCACGCCAAGCGCAAGACCGUCACCGCCAUGGACGUGGUCUACGCGCUCAAGCGCCAGGGCCGCACCCUCUAUGGCUUCGGCGGCUAAAUGGCAUUUUGAAGCCCUGUCAUUCUCUAAAAAGGCCCUUUUUAGGGCCCCUAAGCUUUCAACAAAAGAGU